UUCAUCGCCAUCACCAGCCUGAAGCCCUCUCCAUCUCGUUACAUUCGGCGUAUCACACAUCCAUCCUGGUGUUGCACAAAUACUGCGUCCUUGGCUCUGUGAUUUCACCCGCAUUUCGUCAUCACCACCUUCCGGCGCUUCGCUCAGUGGUAUUUUGUCACAUUACUUGCUCGUAAAAUCGAGGCGUUCUUUAUUUUCGCUUCUCCAACCGAGAACGUUUAGAAAAGACAAGCAGCGUAACCCGCACACAUAAAAUCUCUCCUUCUGCCAAGCCCGUCGUCGAGACAUCGCUUUUCUUUCUUUGCUGCAACAGAAACACCUUUUUUUUUUUUGAACAGCAAUGCCUCCUCUCCGCCGCAAGUUCAGCUUCCUCGAGACUGGAUCCCCGCGCUACAUCCUUGCCCGCAACAAGGCGAUUCCCAAGUCGAUCUACCUCGGCGUUGCCAUUUCGUUUGACAAGAACGGUGAUAUCGAGUGGGCGUGCUCGAGCUACGACGGAACCGACUUCCAGAACCACGAGGACACGUUCAAGGGCAGCUCGGGCGUCUCGAAUCUCGAGCAGCUCAACCAGCUCAACGACCAGAUCAUCAAUGUUGUGGGCGAGUAUUCCAACUCGCACAACUUCCGCAUCCAGGGCGUGUGCAUUGGCUGCGACGAGGCGACUUCCAAGGUCAUCGAGGCCGAUCCGGCACUGAUCAACCCGGUGCGCGAGAUGUGCACGCGCUUCUGGUUCGACCUUGACGCGACCCCGUGCAUCUACAAGCUGCGCGGCCUGUCGCUGACCGAAGAGGCUGCAUCAGCCGCGCGCAAGGUGUAUGACUGGUUCACGCCGCAGUUCCCUGGCAGCAUUCCGCGCAUCUCGGUCGACCCCGAUACCAACGAGGUGCAGGUCGACAUGGAUGGCCAUUGCCACAUGCUCGAUCUGAAGCACUUUGAGGACACCACCGACAAGCCGACCUGGGACAAGCUGCUGGCGCUGGCCGACGAGUGCAAGCAGCGCAAGCUCAAGAUCUUGUUCUUUAACUCGACUCCGCAGGGUGGUGGUGUUGCGCUGAUGCGCCAUGCCACCAUCCGUCUGAUGCGCCUACUGGGUGUUGACUGCCGCUGGUUUGUUGCCAAGCCCAAUCCCGACGUGUUUGUCAUUACCAAGCGCAAGUUCCACAACGUCUUCCAGGGUGUCACCGACGACGAGCAGUACCGGCUGCAGCAGGCCGACAAGGACCUGUGGACUGAGUGGUGCGAGGCCAACUUUGACCAGUACUGGGGGAAGGGCAAGGGUGUUAUCGAUGAUGCCGACGUCAUUAUCAUGGAUGAUCCGCAGGUGUCGGCCAUCAUCCCGCGCAUCCGCAAGCUCAACCCGACCGCCCGUGUCAUCUACCGCUCGCACAUUGAGAUCCGCUCUGAUCUGGCCUCGAUUGAGGGCUCGAUGCAGUACGACCUCUGGGACUUCCUGUGGGGCGGCUUCAUCAACCAAAGCGACCUGUUCAUCUCGCAUCCGGUCGCUGGCUUCAUCCCGCCUCGCGUGCCACACUCCAAGGUCGCCCUGAUGCCCGCUGCCACCGAUGAGCUCGAUGGCCUCAACAAGCGCCUGAACAGCGCUGACCUCGAGUACUACCGCCGCGUGUUCAACCGCUGCGCGGAGGACCAGGCCAGCCCCGGCAUCCAGAAGGACCGCCCGUAUGUGAUCCAGAUUGCGCGCUUUGACCCGGCCAAGGGCAUCCCCGACGUAAUCGAGGCGUACCGCGGCUUCCGUGUUCAGCUCGACGCCAUGGGUAUUGAGCCCAGUCUGCAGCCGCAGCUGGUGCUGUGCGGCCACGGCAGCAUUGACGACCCCGACGGCACUGUCGUCUACCAGCAGGUCAUCGACCUGAUCUGCACUGCUCCCUACCAGCCGUACGCCAGGGAUAUCUGUGUGGCGCGGUUGCCGGCAUCCGACCAGCUCCUGUGCGCUGUUCUGCGCGGGUCCUUCUGUGCCCUGCAGCUGUCGCACCGUGAGGGCUUCGAGGUCAAGGUCACCGAGUCGCUAUCCAAGUACAAGCCCGUCAUUGCCUACCGCUCGGGCGGAAUCCCGCUGCAGAUCGAGGACGGCAAGACUGGUAUCCUGAUUGAGCGUGGCAACACCCAGGGCGUGUCCGACGCGCUGGGCUUCAUCGAGACCCUGCGCAGCAAGGAGCAGGACAGCAAGCGCCAGCAGUACUUCACGCCCUUCCAGUCCGUCAACUGGCUGUACCUGGCCACCCAGCUCGCCUACAAGGGCAAGAGCGAGGCUGCUGCCGAGAACCAGCCCUCGACCGACAUCGAUGGCACGUACAUGGGCGAUGGCCAGAUCAGGAAGUGGAACGCGCAGUAUGUGCGCAGCUUCUGGCAGAACGAGGCCACAGCCUAA